UCCGGUACCUUCCUGUGACUUCCGGUGCGGGGGCGCUGCAGGGUUGACGCCGGCGGCCCGCCGGGCGGCGGAGCGCGAUGCCGUACGCCAACCAGCCCACCGUGCGGAUCACGGAGCUCACCGACGAGAACGUCAAGUUCAUCGUCGAGAAUACGGACCUAGCGGUGGCCAAUUCUCUCCGGAGGGUCUUCAUCGGCGAGGUGCCCAUAAUAGCCAUUGACUGGGUUCAGAUUGACGCCAAUUCCUCAGUCCUUCACGACGAGUUCAUCGCUCACAGGCUUGGGUUAAUCCCCCUCACCAGCGAUGACAUUGUGGACAAGCUGCAGUACUCCCGGGACUGCACGUGCGAGGAGUUCUGCCCCGAGUGCUCGGUGGAGUUCACUCUCGACGUGCGGUGCAAUGAAGACCAGACUCGUCACGUCACGUCUCGAGAUCUCAUCUCCAACAGCCCCCGGGUCAUUCCCGUGACAUCCCGGAACCGAGAUAAUGACCCCAAUGACUACGUGGACCAGGACGACAUCCUCAUCGUCAAGCUGCGGAAGGGCCAGGAGCUGAGGCUCCGCGCCUACGCCAAGAAGGGCUUUGGCAAGGAACACGCCAAGUGGAACCCGACUGCAGGGGUGGCUUUUGAAUAUGACCCCGACAAUGCCCUGAGGCACACAGUGUACCCCAAGCCGGAGGAGUGGCCAAAGAGCGAGUACUCAGAGCUGGAUGAAGAUGAGUCCCAGGCUCCGUACGACCCCAACGGCAAGCCGGAGAGGUUUUACUACAACGUGGAGUCCUGUGGCUCUCUGCGCCCAGAAACCAUCGUCCUCUCAGCCCUCUCUGGGUUGAAGAAGAAGCUGAGUGACUUGCAGACCCAGCUGAGCCACGAGAUCCAGAGUGACGUCCUCACCAUAAAUUAGCCGCAGCUCAUCCGCCUGAGCGGAAAAGGAUCCGAGCAGCAGCUGUGUGCAGGUCUCCUGAGACCCUCCUCGCCCCUGAAGUCCCGGCAGCUGUACUUACCUCCUUGGCAAGCCCCC